AUGGGCUUUGAGGGUACUGCCGUCACACCUCAUAUUAAAUCUCUGAUUGAAGACUACCGUCUAGGCGCUGUCCUUCUGAACACCGAGAACUUGGUUUCUGCCGAACAAGCAACCACUUUAAUUCGAGAUUUGCAGAUCAUUGCUCACGAAGCGCGUCAUCCCUAUCCUCUCCUUAUUGCCGUGGAUCAAGAAAAUGGGCUUAUCAAAUCUGCCUCGGAUCCAGAUUGGAUCACACAGUUCCCGUCAUCUCUAGGUGUUGCUGCCACAGGAUCAACGAGUAGCGCCUAUACGGUAGCCUUGAUGACUGCCCGAGAGAUGUCUUUCCUGGGAAUCAAUUGGAUCUUGGGGCCUGCGCUGGACGUGAUACUCGACAGGAACGUCCCAGGCUUCGGAUCUCGAUCUUUCGGAGGUGAUCCCGAAGAGGUCGCAAAAAUGGGCACCGCAUUCAUCAGAGGUCUCAAAGACGGCGGCGUCGCAUCUCUUGCCAAACACUUCCCUCUCGGCGGUAGCCUGAAGUUUGACGAGUCCUCAACCACAGUUCCCGUGGUCUCUGAAACGCUAGAGCAACUUCGUCACAAAGUUCUCGUACCCUUUCGAGAGGCUAUCAAAAAUAAUGUCCCUGCUAUCAUGGCUUGCGGCGUCGCCAUAUCAUCUCUGGGUCCUAGACUACUUCAUGCAUGCUUUUCGAGGAAGAUAGUUACGGAACUUCUGAGAGAACAGCUGGGGUUUGAAGGCGUGAUCGUCUCGGAGUGUCUCGAAAUGACAUCCAUCGCACCUAACAUAGGCGUUGGUCAGGCCACCAUCAUGGGAAUCCGUGCCGGUUGCGAUCUCCUCACCAUCUGCCGGUCGCUCUCUCUGCAAGUGGAGGCAUUCGCGUCCUUGUCUCUCGCUCUGGAAAAUGGCGGUCUGUCAUGGGACUCGAUUCGAAAGGGCGCCGAACGUGUUAUGAGGUUACGUGCGGCGCACACUUCCUGGUCUCGAGCCUUAAAUCCCGGAGGAUUAGAGCAGAUGGUACCUCAUCGCCUAAGCCACCUCACAUUCGCGACACGUGUGUACGAAGAUUCAAUUACUCUCAUACGAGAUGACGCAGGCAAUAUCCCUCUCACGAAGGUCCUGUCCGAUUCGAGCACGGUCCUAGUUCUCUCGCCGCUUCUAAUGCAUAGAGCGUCUGAAGGAGCAAGCACCACGACAAGUUGUCACCCUCUGCCGAUAGCUCGAGAAACUUCGAAUGCAGUUGUUUUACAAAAAGGAGAAGACUACUUUCAAAAUUUUGGUCUUGCACUGGCUUGUUAUGGGCUCGGCCAAGUACUGCACACUUCCUACACGUCUCAUGGCGUUCGUGAAGAACACGAGAGGCUCAUCGACGACGCCGAUGCGAUCAUCAUAUUCGUUGCCGAUGCCUUGCGCAACCAAUACCAGGUUGCCUUUGCAAAGCACGUCGCCGCAAUUUGCAAACUCGGAGCCUUAGACAACAAUCGGCCCAAGCGGCUUAUACUAGCCUCGGUCAGCUCGCCCUUCGACUUUCCCGCGGAAAAGACCUGGUUUGGGACACUUCUCUGUACCUACGACAGUAGUAUGAUUGCGCUACACUGCCUAGCCCGUGUGCUAGGGGGCGAUAUUGCCCCAACGGGCCGUCUCCCAAGACUUGGCUCGGCCAGAGAAGUGAAUACUGCGGACGGAAACCAUCACCAGACAUGGCUGGUAGAGCAACUCAAUUUAGCGAAGGACCAGCCAUGGCUUCUAAGAUUCUUCAAGGAAGCGGCGGAAGACAAUCCGGACUCGCUUCAUUUCGCAAUGGAGAUCUUCAUUCAACAUACGAACGCUUUGUUCAAAGAGCUUGGACAGGUCGACCAGGUGCUGAAAAUCUCCUCAUCGAGCGAACGCAAAGCAUACGUUGUCAUCGAGAGAUUUUGGAGCUGCAACGAAGAGAGCUUGAUGUCGGAUGAAAACCUCCAGAUAUUGGAUCAACCGGGGUUAAUCGUGACUCUGGCAGAGUCGGGUCGCGCCGUGGCAUUCCUCCCCCUCGUUGCUCGAGAGUGCCCUCUCGCACGUUAUAUUCCGAGCCUUCGAGCAUUGCCUGCAUCAACCCUUGCUCUUUUAUGUCCUGUUAUCUCGCAGUCAGCAUCACCAGAGGCACUUUCUCGGAGAGACAUUCUACAGCAGUUGCUCGUUGUCGCUGUCGGCGAUGCAAAGCGGCAAGGAGUGGAGACGCUCGUCGCUCAUGCGAUACCCACGUCGGAUUUGUUUGCAGAAGUCCUCAUGGAUACCGGUUUCGAGCGGGAGGCAACCUUUGCUGUCCUCAACAAGACUCUGAGCGACACGUAG